UCCGAAGAAGUGGUGGCUCGCUUAUGACGUAAUUUCCCCGCGACCUUCAACACCCGCUUGAAGUCUUAGGAGAGGAUCGGAUCAUAUUUGCUCAAUAUGCUUAAAAAGAAAUCAAGUAGCGGCGAAAAGAAAAGGAAGCACUCUCAUUCCGAAGAACGACAUGACCACAGUAAGCGGAGGAGUGCGGAGACGCACCAGGAGAACUCCAAGGAUGAUCUUGCUGACCCAGAGCUGGACAGGGUUGGCAGUGACAUCGAGGAGGGAGGGCUAGACCUCAGCCUGCCCUUUAAACCCAUCACUGCUUAUAUCAGUGACAAGGGGGAGAUGCUGGAGCAGUGUUUCCAUGUGCUGGGGGAGAAUAAGCUGCAGAAGAUGCUGCCUGAUGAACUCAAGGACUGUAGUUUAAACGAGAUCAAAAAGCUGUGCUGGGAGCAACUGGAGCCAAUCCCAGAGAAAAACCUUAUCCUGAUCUUAUCAGGGGAAGAUCUGACAUCUGGAAAUGCUGAAAAUUUGAUUAAUGACAAGACCUCAGAAAGCCAGCAAGACAAUAGUGUUGAUUCCACGUCUUGCUUUAAAGAAACAACAAAAACAGAGGAACCUAAGCCAGAGGGUGGUUCAGGUGAAGAGAGCGACGUCUUGAGCAUAAACGCAGACACUUACGAUAGCGACAUAGAGGGACCCAAGGACGAGGCGGUCAAAGCUGUGGCUGGAGCAGCAAAAGCCAACGACAGCAUCAGAGAUGUUGUUGAGCCAGCUCUAAACCCACGCUCAGCAAACCCGGAACCUCCAGCUGGUUCUCAACCACCCGAAGCAAAAAAAGACAUUCAACGUGACAUAGACAAAAGCGUCAGCGAGAUUUUAUCGUUUUCCUCCACGUCCAGCAGUGAUGUAGCGAAAGAGCAGAGUGAACCGCUGGUGGCAGCGGAUGCGGCUCUGCCUGUUCAGGGAGGACCUGUGUCAAGUCGCACACCUUCAGCUUGUCAGCCAUCUAUUCAACAACUGGAACUCUUGGAGCUGGAGAUGAGGGCCAGGGCCAUCAAGGCUCUGAUGAAAGCAAGUACUCUGAAAAGCCCUCAGUAGCUGACAAUUCUCAAACAUCUUAUAUUCUUUGCGGUUUACAUUGACUUUAACAGUUGGUGAACUAGUUUUGGAUUGUUUACAUUGUAGUGAUUUCAUACUAUACGUUGUUCUGAUUAUUUUUAUUUUAUGUUGCUCCAUAUUGGAAUGCAAAAUGAAUUAGUUUAUUAUGAAAUCAAAUGCUCACAACUGAAAAAUUGUUUAGUAGCUCAACAAUUGGACAAUCAGGUGUAGUUUUCCUCCUUGGACACUAGGUGGCAGUAUUACUCUACAGACACAUACUCAAAUGUUUUUAGUAUGUGCAGGAGGGAGAGUUGAUUUAUUUGCUCACAUUACAGUGAAAUCAGUCAUGAGCAGUAUGAAAGCCGAGGCUUCUUAGUAAUGAUCUUAUUUAAUAAUCUGAAAUGGCAGAGGUUCUCGGUGACUCAGAGAUGGAGGGUGCCUUUGCAAAUCGGAGCAGGUGGCAGCAGUGUUGUGCCGUCGCUUAGACCCACUUGCAGUAUCUUGUUCACUGAACACCUGUUUGACAUGUCAAGCUGAAGCACGCUUAGUAAUAGCAUGCGCUUCUGUCUCGGUUAUAUUUGCAUCGGUUCAGUCUGGUUUAUAACAACCUGGUUUAUAGUGUUUUAAUAAUUAAAUUUGUUUAGGCUAAGGAAGGAACACCCUUCCUCAGCUGUGCUGACAAUAAGAAACACGGAGGUGAACACAAUAAAAAGUAGAGAGCUUAACGGUAUUAAUUGCUUUAAAGUGACUUUCAGGUUGAAUUGUGUAUUUCUGAAAAGCUUUUAAAACUAUGAAGUUCUUUAAUGUCUUCUGUUUUGCCGUUUGUGUGUUGGCAAUUACAUGCAGAUGCAUCGUAAAACGACUUUCAACCCGAAUCCCCCAAGGAGACGAUCAAACGUAUAAGAAGCCAGUUGCCUCCUGAUUAUUUGCAUCUAAACGGGUUAUUUGAAGGGAGACGUGAGGGUUAAAUGCCCCGUUAUCUAUGCGUUCACGUGCAGGCUUGGUUGUAGUCAUUGUUGAUUCCCCGAGGAAAAAUGUCCACUUUAGAGAAAAAGGGAUAUGACGACUGUAAAGUGCUCACGAUGUCUCUGAUCGGUGAGUAUUUAUCGGUGUCAUUUCACUGCUAUUAGGACGCCAAUUAUGAUUUAGAAUGAGCGGAUAAAUGGGUUUUUAGGCAGACCUCAAAACGAGCAGGCUGAAAAUGGAUUGAUGGAGGUGAGAGGAUGCUGUUUUGUUAAGGGGGUGCUUUUUGAAUUCAAAUGAACCUGGUGUAUCAUUAGAAUGCUGAGGUGUGAUGCUUCUGUGAAUGGUGCUAUUAUCAAAGUGGAAAAAAAGCCCCAAAAGUACAAAAAGUUCUUGUGUCCAACAGUUCAUGUCUUUCAUGUGUCAUUUUCCUGUGGUGGGACCCGGCAUCUUCUCUCCAAUGCUUGUUAGAGAUUCAACAGCGCUUCUGCCCAGAAAUUAGUUCAGACCCACUCAUCCUCUUAACUUUUAGGUUGCAGUCUCAUACAUUUUGGGACUCGGUUUUUACAUGGAUAGUUUAAGUGUAUAUAAGUACUGUAUGUAUUUGUGGAGUAAACACAUUCAGGAGUGUCCCCAAUCUAAACUUGAUGCAAACAACAAAACAUGAACACACAUUAGGAGAAGCGGUCGUCAGCACUAAUGUCAGCAGCUCCAUGGAAAUGUGCGGCAAAAACCUGUGGGGGCAGAGUUUCAGCAACAUUUAUGUAGCAGCAUGUGUCUAAUGAUGGAGCCAGUUUUAGUUUGUUGUUGAUCCUAAUGAAGUGAGUUUUAACAACUGAUUUAACAAAUGAUGGAUUCCAAUGUGCUGUUCACUGUUGAGUGUUUUCUUUAACAGGUUUCACUGAAUCUGAAGUUAGCGAAGUUUGUGGAAGUUGAAAAUAAAAACACUAAUAGAAGCUUUUUGUAAUAAA